AUAAGCAGUGAAAGAAGACAAACAUCCAGCUGUCUGAAUGCCUUGUAUGAAGAUUUGCAGCCAUCCUGGUUUCAGUUCAGUGAACUGGCUGCUGCUUCAGUUACGUUGCGGUCCAGCUUUUACAAGCUCAGUUUGAAGACUUUCUCCUAAAAUGGAGAGGUCAGUGCACCAGCUGCACACGAGACACUUUUUUUCCUCUCACUCCGCUGAGGACUCACACACUGAGACCAGCACAGUAUUCCAGUCCACUUGGAUCUGCAGAGGACAUCUUUCUUUUGCUGGCACUCGUCUUCAAGAAAAAAAGAAAAAACAACAACUUGCCUCUAAGGAAAUGUCUUUUAAUCUUCUUCAGCGUUAUCAAAUGAGACCAGAGAUAAGUCUGUGAAGCAGACUGUUGGAAGAGAAGCAUGUCGGGGAUGUUUGGGAAAGGGAAGACGUGUAACUCUGCCGCAGCUCCUGGCAGGAGUCCAGCUGAGUGUAACCUGGUGCUGCUCGGUGUGAUGGGCUGCGGGAAAUCAGCACUGACCGUCAAAUUCCUCACAAAGCGCUUCAUCAGUGAAUACGACCCCCAUCUAGAGGAUAUCUAUUCAUCAGAAGAGAAGGUGGACCAGCAGCCUGUCACAGUGAGAGUGAUGGACACCUGUGACCAGGUAGGAACACGCUGUUGUGUUGACUGUGUGAGGAGGUAGAAAGGCUGAACGCUUUUACUCACAUCUUCUCUACUGCUUCUUCAUCUGUGUUGCAUUAUGCUUUAAUGCUAUUCUUUAUUGUUUCCAUGAAAACCAGACAAAAGGGCUCCAAACUACAUCAAAUUAAAAAAGAAGAAAUCAAAUCACAGUAGCAGUUGGCAGAGUCCAACAUAAUGUUGUCAGAUGAUUUUAUUUUCUCACCGUACAAAGAUAUUCAGUUUAAUAUCAUCAAGACAAAGAAAAGAGACUUGUAACCCAUCACAAUAAACAUCUGGCCUCUUAUUCAGGUCACAGUCAUUUCAUCAGUUUGUGCUUCUGCAGUAAAAAUAUCAGCGCAAUCCAACAGCAGCCGGUCACAAGAAACAUGGUCCAAUAGAAGUGAUGUCAUGAUUUUGGUUUGAUCUAUGGACUUGAACAGGGUGUUUUUCUGUACAUCUUAAUAGAAGACAAGCCAAGCUCAGGCCCAUCUGUGAGCGAUGCCUGACACCUGCUGGUGGAACACAGGAACUGUUCACCACAGACACUAAAGUUUUCACUGAAGAUGGCCGCAAAUAGACAAAUUCACACAAUUCAGAAAUAACACAAGUGUCAGAACUACUAAAGCUAACCAACAGCCUCGCAGCAUAAAGCUUCACAUUAUAGGACAUGACUUCAUUCUAAAUUUCCUUCACUCAUGUAACCCAGAGGCAUGCUGGGACUAUGUGUGUCAGACCUUUAUGUGCACUAUGCCACUUGCAAAAUAAGACAAAUUAAACAUUAAUUCAGGCCAUUUUCAAUACAAGGUAAUUUUUUUCCUCCUGUCUUCAUGUCCUCCUGUCUUCUGUCCUCCUGUCUUCAUGUCCUCUGUCUUCAUGUCCUCCUGUCUUCAUGUCCUCUGUCUUCAUGUCCUCCUGUCUUCAUGGCCUCCUGUCUUCAUCGCCUCCUGUCUUCAUCGCCUCCUGUCCUCUGUCUUCAUGUCCUCCUGUCUUCAUGUCCUCCUGUCUUCAUGUCCU